UUAGACUAAAAAAUCAUUGAGAUUAGUCUCUUGAGUGUUUGAGAAUUGUCAAUCAUGACAAUGGACCCAGACAUUGAAUCCAAAUAUGCCCACAACGGAAAAGUGAUGGUAGGCACCGCCAUUCUCCUCUUCAUCCUUAUCCUCAUCGUUAUUAUCUUCCACACCUACGUCCGCUUCUGCCGCCGCCGCCGCCGCCUCCUCCUCUCCCACUCCCUCCCCACCUCCGCCCUGGCCUCCGGAGAGCCGCGCCUGGACCCCGCCGUGCUGAAGGCCCUUCCCACGUUCACCUUCUCCGCCGCCCACCGCCCUCUGGAGGACUGCGCCGUGUGCCUGUCGGAAUUCUCCGACGGCGACGAGGGGCGCGUGCUCCCCAACUGCAGCCACGCCUUCCACGCCCAUUGCAUCGACGCCUGGUUCGCCUCUCACUCCACGUGUCCCCUCUGCCGAACCACGGUCCAGCCGGAAGCGAGUGGCGAAACGGCUGAAGCGGGCGAGGGUUGCUCGUCGUCGGUUGCGUGCCCGAGAAAGGCCUUGGAGUUGGGUAUAAUCGUGGAGGUGGCGGAGGUGGAAAGAGGGUCGGAUCCGGUAACCGGAGAUCAAGGGUUGAGAUGGACAUUGAAGCGAUUGAGUUAACGCUGUCACUGUUUCUAUCUUGUACCCUAGUGUAUGUUUGGACGCAAGUUCAGCUACCACUUUGCUAGGUCGGUUUUCACUUUUUUACCCCUUUUCUGUGUUUGAGUCAUUUUUCAGUUACCUACUUUAAUCAUCUCUCUUCUCUCAAUAGUUCUUGUUAAAGAGUACUGCUACUGCAUAAGAUUAUUCAAAGUCUAGUUUACAAGUCAUAGUUGAAACAUACAUGGUUAGGUUCAUGUACUCAAACUUGAAAGUGCAAAGGAUCUUGUGUUUAUUAUUAUUUAUUA